AUGAGAGAGAGCAGGGAAGUUGUCGGUGGUUCGGCGGAUCAUGAGGUGAAAGAAAGCCCUAAAUCAUGGACGCAAGACGGAAUGUCACCAAACGAGGGUUUAUUAGAAAAAGCUAUAGAUCUUUGGCAAUCAAGAAGACGGAGUGUUUCAGGCGAUAUUCGAUUCACACUGCUUGAUCAUCGUAUUUCUGUUCCCAAUACAAUGAUCUGCUUCGAGUUUAGCUUGAAUGCUUGA